AUGGCCGGGGCCGCGACGGCCGAGCGGGGCGCAGAGCCGCCCGGCGCACCCGGCACCGAGGGCCUGCCCCGCGCCUUCCUGCAGAGCCUGCGCACGCUCUUCGACAUCCUGGACGACCGGCGGCGCGGCUGCGUGCACCUGCGGGAGAUCGAGUCCCGCUGGCAGGGCGCCGACGCGCGCGAGCUGCCCCGCGGCGUGCUCGAGGGCCUGCGCCGGGUGGCCCCGGCCAGCGGCUACCUGACUUUCGAGCGCUUCGUGGCCGGCCUGCGCGCCUCGCUGCUGAGCGCCGAUGGCGGCCCGCGGGGCCCCGCGCGCGGUCAGCCCCGGCCGCCCCCGCCGCCGCAGCGCCUGGCCUUCGCCCCGGCCGACGAGCCGCGCACCUUGCUGGAAAGGAAGCCUCUGCCGCUGGGCGCGCGUCCCCCGGCGGCCGGCCCCGGCGGCGCGGCCCUCAGCCCCGAGGGGCCGUGUGGCCCGGCCGAGGCGGCGCCCUGCCCCGCGGAGCCCGAGCGGCCGCAGGGCGCAGCGCUGGAGCGGAGCCCGAGUGCGGACGCCGGUGCAGCAGCCUGUGGGGCGUCGGAGGGAGGAGCCUGGGACUCGCGCCGCCCGCGAGCCCGAGGGGAGCGGCGGAGGCAUACCAUCACGGACGGCGUGGACUGCGGCCUGCUGCAGCAGAUGAAGGAGCUGGAGGAGGAGAAGGAAGUGCUGCUGCGGGGCCUGGAGAUGAUGGCGCGGGGCCGCGACUGGUACCAGCGGCAGCUGGAGCAGCUGCAGGAGCGCCAGUGCCGCCUGGGCCGGGGCCGAGCUGUGAGUGACCUUGGGGCUGCAGGGAGUCCCCGCCCCCUGGGGCAGCUGCUGCCCCAGGCGCAGGAGGUGGUGCGAUGCUUGGGGGAGCUGCUGGCCGCCGCCUGUGUGGGCAGGGUGAGUCCUCCCGCUCCGGCCCUGCCCGCCGGCCCUGGUCCAGGGGCUGCGCCUGACCCGGCCCUCCCACAGGCCCUGCCCUCCGGGCUCCCGAGCGCCGCGCCCUCGCCCAGCUGGCAGCAGCAAAUCAUCCUGAUGCUUAAGGAGCAGAACCGCCUCCUGACACAGGAGGUGAGCCACAAGAGUGAGCGCAUCACGCAGCUGGAGCAGGAAAAGUCGGCCCUCAUCAAGCAGCUGUUCGAGGCCCGUGCACACAGCCAGCAGGACAGCGCAGCCCUGGACUCGACCUUCAUCUAGUGGACCCACCUAGCAGCGGACACUGGGGACCUGGCAGGGCCUGUGGCUGCCGCGCCCCGCGUCCUGGCCUGGCUGCAGACACUGGGGACCUGGUGGGGCCUGUGGCUGCCGCAUCCCUGCAUUCCUGGCUGCCCCACUUGGCAGUGGACACUGGGGACCCACCCUGUGGGACCAGUGGCAGCCACGCCUUUGUGUCCUGGCCUGGCAGUGAACACUGGGAUGCUGGGGACCCUGGCUGCCCAUCACCCCUGGGCUCCGGAUCACUCCGGCUGCACUCCUGGCUGUGGCCAGCAGGGGCCGUGCAGCACGUGUCUCUGGCACCACACCCAGUGGCCAUCAGGUCGGGGUGGGCUGCAGCCCUGGGGACCCCACUGGCAUUGGGACCCGGCUGUCUGCUCCUCCCCACACCCCAAAUCUGCCCCCAAACAGGGCAGAGCCAGCCCCUGCAGCCUGGCCCAGAGCUCUGCGUGUGCUAUUCCACUGCCUGGGGCCCAAUGAGCUCCCUUGGGUGGGCGCACGGUACUGGGGGGUAGCAGAGGGAACUUGCGGUCAGCCCUUCCCACAGGCAGUGGCCGUCCCACUAAAAGAGGCCAAGUCAGCGUCUUUCCCGUGGCGCUGACACAGCAGGGUGGCCCUCGGCCUGGGCGUGCAGCAGUCAGCAGCUACCAGGGGCAGGAGUAAGCGUGGCUGCUCCACGUGAUGUGUGUGACUGGAGAGGGCCAUCCUGCCGUGUCCUGCCGUGUCCUGCCACAUGAGGCCGGCAGGCGGGGGAGGGCGCAGCGGCCAUCGGUGUGGAGUUCAUGUCACAGGGUCUGUGGCCCAGGGCCCCCAUCCCCAGCUUCUGCAUAGGUCAGGAAUGGAGGGAAAUGGCUGCCCCUCGGGCGACACUGCCAGCUAGCCACAGGGCCUGCGGGGACCGGGCCUCUGCCCGCAGGAAUAAAGUGUGUGGACCGGUAGGAUUCUGCCACAA